GAGGGAGGAGGGUGAAGAGACAUGGCCUCUAAAGAGAUCACCGCAUGUUCCUUCAUCACUGUGAGCAGGGAAAUCACAGAGAGCCUCCGGAGGAUUAUUGAUAAAUCUACAAUCAAGUUCGUACGCGGCAUCAAGCUGGACACCAAGAGUGGCAAAUCGGAGGACAGAAUACUGGUUCUCACGACAUGGCGACUCUACCUGCUAACCGCCAAGGUGCCCACGAAGGUGGAGGUGACGUUCAACUUCCUAGAGAUUCGCGCCAUGAACAGUUUCCCCGAGCAUCAGGUUGUCAUAGAGACGGACAGGUCGAGCUACUCCCUGCGGCUCCAGACGCGUGAUCACCACGACCACGUGGUCAACUACAUCAGCUUCGCCCUGUCGCGCAUCUUCAACAACUCGGCAUUUGCUCCCUCCUUUUGUCGAUCGGAAGCGGAUCCUUCAGACGGGAGCCGUAAAUAUUCCCCGAGCUCAGAAACAUCUGUGGAGACGCAGAGGGCCUGCGGGGGAUUUUCAGAGACGUACACGGCUCUCUGUGACUACAAUGGCAUCAGCUGCAAGGAAGAAGUACAGUGGGAUGUAGACACCAUCUAUCACUCUCAGGACAACCGAGAGUUCAGCUUGCUGGACUUCAGCCACUUAGAAACAAGAGACCUUGCCGUGAUCGUCGCCUCCAUGGCGUACAACACUUGGUUCACCAAACUCUACUGCAAGGACAUGCGUAUAGGCUCAGAGGUAGUCGAACAAAUACUCCACACCCUCAGCAAGUCAAGCAGCCUGGAGGAACUCACUCUGGAGAACGUAGGUCUCAAAUCGGACUUUCCUCAGAAGCUUUCCGUCGCUCUCUCCGAGAACCCAGCAUCCGGAAUCCACUCCGUCAACCUGGCUCACAACACCCUGGACAACCAAGGAGUGUCCAACCUCAUUCAGCAGGUGUGUCGUCUCAGCAAAGGCCUUCGUCUCCUCAACCUUUCCAAGACGUCCCUGUCCUCCAAGGGCGUGGUGUCUCUCUCGCAGGCGCUCUGCUCCACGGAUGAGUACUCCAACUCCCUUCUCCACCUGGACCUCAGCAAGAACCCUGGCGUGUUGUCGGGGGAGGACGCCUCGAACCUGUAUCACUUCCUGUCCCAACCCAACUGCUUGGUCCAUUUGGACCUGUCCGCCACGGACUGCGUUGUCGACUCGUUGUUUGGGCCGCUUCUCCAAGGCUGCUGUGCUGAUCUGUCCUACCUAAACCUGUCCAGGAACUCCUUCUCGCACAGGAAAGCAAAGGAGUCUCUACCGCUCUUCCGACAGUUCUUCAGCUCGGCGUUCAGCCUCACCCAUGUCAGCUUGGCCUCCAUGAAGCUGCCCCCCGAGGCCCUUCGGGCUCUGUUACUUGGCCUGUCGUCGAACCCCCAUAUUAACGACCUGCACCUGGACAUCAGCAGCUGCGAGCUCAGAUCACCAGGGGCAGCGGUCAUACAGGAACUGUUCCCCCGGGUCUCCUCCAUCGCCACGCUGGACGUGUCUGACAACGGGCUGGACACCGACCUGCUCUCCAUCAUCCCAGCCCUGUCCCGACACCCCUCCCUGAAACACCUCUUUCUGGGCAAGAACUUCAACAUCAAGAGCAGGGUCCUGGAUGAGGUCCUGCAGAAUCUCGUCCAGCUCAUUCAGGAAGAAGAGUGUGGGCUUCAGUCCCUUUCGCUUGCAGACUCCCGUCUGCGCUCGCGAGGCACGGUGCUGGUGAACGCCCUUGGCAGCAACACCUGCUUGCGUAAGGUGGACCUCAGCGGGAACAGCCUGGAGGAUCUUGGGGCCAAAAUGCUGGGCAAGGCACUACAAAUCAACACCACGCUCAGGAGUGUGACAUGGGAUCGUAAUAAUACCACAUCGACAGGAUUUUUGGAUAUCGCCCGAGCCUUGGAUCACAACUUCACCCUUCAGUACAUGCCCCUCCCACUCAGUGAUGCCACCCAGGCGUACCGCAACAAUCCCGAAAAGACAGAGCAGGCUCUGACCAAGAUCCAGCGAGCACUGCUCAGGAACAACCAGACCCAGCGCUUCUCCCAGCGUCAGGCGCUCCGUCUCCACCAAGGCCUGGUCACCAGCACGGCCGAGCAGGUGAUGGAGCGUCUCUGUGUGCGAGUGCAGCAGCAGCUGUCCGUACUACGGGGAGCAGGGCAGGGGGAAGAGCUUCAGGCCGCCAAACAAGUGCUGAAAGAAGCCCGUAAUUCUCGUGCGCUCUACCCAUCUCUCUGUGAACUGGCUCAUGUUCUGUCAGUGGACGGGCCAGUCAGACAGAGACUAGAUUCCCUGGCUGGGGAGUUAGCCAAGGCAGCUGACAAAGAACUACAGGUGAUUGUGGACUCCAUGGUGUCCCUCUGCCGAGAGCUGUGUCCUCUGUCGUCCAGCACCGCGGAGCGACUGACCCCGCCCCUUUCUUCCGUCACCGAGCGCGUGUCCGUGCCUCGCUGUGCCAUCCGCAGCGCGCUGAUGGAGAGAGCAGCACUGGACAUUCACCGAGCAAUGGAGGAGGUCAAGCUGUCGGUCGUCUCCUAUCUCACCAACUCCAUUGUGGAUCAGAUCCUUCAGGAACUUUACUCCAUGCACAAGUCCUUGACCCAUCAGGUGGCUCAGGUGAAGCACUGGGAGGACGAUGGCGACGGAGGAACAGGUUCAGGGUCUCACCGACACCGGGAUUCCCUGGAAAUGACAGAUGAGGAACUGGCUGCCAGCAUUGACACACUGGCGAUUAAGAAGCGAAGUGGAAGGACGAGAAGAAUUCGUCCUGUCUCCACCAGACUGAGCCUUUGUGAUGAUUCCAGCUCUUCAACACCACCCUCAGCACCGCCUCUCUCAUCUCCCCUAUCCCGCUCGGCAUCGUGGGAGUGUCUCUCCACCCUGCCUACCCAAGGCGCACCGCUGCAUCACGUGACCCGCGUCAGACCGAGGCCCCCGAGGAGGCAUCGCGGAGGACAUGCGUCUCUCUACUCACACUGCACUGAGAACGGAGUAGUGACACCGAUUGACGAUGGACUUCCAGAUUUUUACACAAAGAGAGUUCUGCCUGACAGUCAGCUGUCAUCCCUUCACAAAGCCCAGUCGCUCCGCAGGAAGAAAAGACGCAACAUGUUGGCCAUCUUCAGUUUCCGGAGGAACCGUCACUCGACGCUGUCCAAUCAGGGCACGGAAACUGGCGGAUGGGGAGGAGCCUGUGGAGACGAAUGUCGGACAGUGGCCACAGCACCCACUGGCACUGCCACUGAAAAUGUCUACACGCUGCUGCAGCCCCCGAGGAUUCCUGGGAGGGCCGAUUCUCCCGGAGAGGGGGCUGAGAAGCGGGUAGAAAAACAGAGAGAGACGGAGCAGGUGGGGCAGACAGAGGUUCAGUCCCCGCAGGACGUAAGGCUUGGUUUAGAGGGAAAACCCUCCAGUCUCUCAUCAAGACAGAUGUCAGAAGCAGCUCGGGAGACAGACAGACAGACCCACAGGCAAACACUGGUGGAUCCUGCAGCGGACCGAGAUUCGGAGACGGAGAGGCAGACUCACGGACAAAAAGUCCUCGAGCUGACAAUAGACAGCCAGGCCCGAAUGGAGAGACAGACACCUACACAGACGGGGACGGCGCCGACAAUGAACAGACAGCCAGGAACAGAGAGAUGGACACCUAAACAGGCAGCGAUGGAUGGAGAAAGACAGGGAAGGGGAGCAGCAGAUAUAUCAGCAGACAGAAAGGCAGUCUCAGAGAGGCAGACGCACAGAGAGACAGGAGUGACCCCAACAGUGGAUGGACAGUCAGAAUCAGAGAGACUGACACACAGACCCUCAGAGGCAGACUCAACAUUAGACAGAGAGACAGGAGCAAUGAGACAGGCACACAGGCUUGUGGACUCAGAUCUAAUGAUCGACAGACAGUCUGGUUUGGAGAGACAGACAUACAGAGAGACAGGGGUGACCCCGACGAUGGACAGACCAUCCGUAACUGAAAGACAGACAUACAGACCAAUAGAGACACAACUAACGGUGGAUGGAGAAACCAGAACAGGGAGACAGGCACAUAGGCAAGUAGGGACAGAACUAACGAUAGACAGACAUACUGGUUCAGAAAGACAGAAACAUAGAGAACCAGAGGUGACCUCAACUAUGGACAGACCAUCAGUAACAGAGAGACAGACAUACAGACAGACAGAGACACAGCAAGCAAUGGACACAGAGGCAAGAGCAGGGAGACAGUCAUACAUGCAAGUGGAGACAGAACUAACAAUAGACAGACAUUCAGGUUUGGAGAGACAGACAUACAAGGAGACAGGGGUGACCCCAACGAUGGACAGACCAACAGUAACAGAGAGACAGAUGUACAGACAGAUAGAAAUGCAACCGACAAUGGACAGAGAGAGAGGAACAGCGAGACAGGCAUACCGACAAGCGGGGACAGAACAAACGAUAGACAGACAGUCUAGCUCCGAGAGACAUAUGUACAGAGAGACAGGGGUAACGCCAACAAUGGACAGACCAUCAGCAACAGAAAGACAGAUGUACAGGCAAUUGGAGGCACAGCAAACAGUGGACAGAGAGACGAGAGCAGCAAAACAGGCAUACAGACAAGUGGGGACAGAACUAACAAUAGACAGACAGUCUGGCUUGCAGAGACAGACGUAUAGGGAACCAGGGGUGACCCCAACAAUGGACAGACCUUUAGUAACAGAGCGACAGACAUAUAGACAGACAGAGACACAGCUAAAAAUGGAUCGGGAGGCAGGAAAGGGGAGACAGGCGUACAGGCACGUGGGAGCAGAUCCCGCAACUGACAGACAGAUUGGUUUGGAGAGACAAAUACAUAGAGAGGCAGUUGUGUCCCCAACAACAGACUGUCAACCAGAAGCUGUGAGACAGAUAUAUAGACCAACAGAAACACAGCAGACAGUAAACUAUGAGACAGGGACAGGGAAUCAGUCAUGCAGACAUAUUAUGGCAGAACUGACAAUAGACAGACAGUCUGGACUGGAGAGACAGACACAUAGAGAGGUAGUGCUGUCCCCAACAAUGGACAGACACCUUGAAACUGAGAGACAGAUGGGGGCAGAACUAGCAAUAGACAGGCAGCGUGGUUUGGAAAGACACAUGUUUAGAGAAGCAGGAGUGUCCCCAACUAUAGCCAAGCACCCAGGAGCAGAGAUACAGGCACAUGGUCAGCUUGUGGUGGAGCCAACAGUGGACAGAGAAACAGGAUCGGAGAGACAGGCAUACAGACAAGCAGUGGCACAAAUAGCAAUGGACAGGCAAUCUGGUACCGAACGACAGCUAUAUAAAGAGGCAGGAAAUAUUCCAACGAUGGACAGACAGACAGAAAGACAAAUAUAUCGACAGACAGAAAAGGACUCAGCAGUCGACAGGCAGCCAGCAAUGGAGACACAAACACACAGACAUGCUGGAAUGGUGAGACAGAUGCAAAGACAGGCUGGAAGAGAGCCAGCACUGGACAGACAAACACACUCACAGAGUGGAGGAGAUCCUGUGGACGGACAAACACAUAGACUGGCAGGAGGAAAUAUGAGUAUGGACAGACAGGGGCAUACGCAGACAGGAGACCAAAUGGACAGGCAGAUACAUAAAGAAAGUGAAGGAGAUCAAGCAAUGGACAGACAUACAUAUAAACAUGCUGGAGGAGAUCCAACAAUUGACACACAGACAUACAGACAAAUAGGGACAGACUCAGCAGUGGACAAAGAGACAUUUAGGCAGACUGGAAGAGACCCAACAAUGGACAGGCAGCCAUACAGAAAGGCUGCAGGAGACACAACAACCGACAGACUAUCAUACAGACAGAUAACAGGAGACCCAACAAUGGACAGGCAGAAAUAUAGACAGGUUGGAGGAGACCCAACAACGGACAGGCAGGUACAUAGACAGGCCAGAGGAGACCCAACAAUGGACAGGCAGGUACACAGACAGGCUGGGGGAGACCCAGUGGACAGACAGACAUAUAGACAGACCGGGGGAGACACAACAAUGGACAGACAGGUGCAUAGACAGGCUGGAGGAGACCCAAUGAUGGACAGACAGGUACACAGACAGGCCGGAGGAGACCCAGUGGACAGACAGACAUAUAGACAGACCGGUGCACUGUUAACAUUUGACAGGCAAAUAAGAAGUGAGAGACAAACCCAAAGACAGACAGUGGUGAACCAAGCAAUGGACAGACAGGGAGGAACAGACACACAGAGAGACAGACGAAUUGGGGAAUUCAUGCCAGUAGACAGGCAGUCCAGCAGGGUGCCACAGGGACUAUACUGCCAGGUUGAGAGACACUCGGUGUCUAGUGGACUCAGCGACAGACAGGCCGGAUCGAGCACUUUGGACAGGCAUUCGGAAAGACGGAUGGUUCCAGUCACGCAGGUGGACAGACAAAAAGAUUCCGUGCAGACAGAUGGACAACCAGUGUGGGAUGCACAUGCUUACAGGCGCACAGCAUCGGAAAAUCAGGGCGACAGACAGACGGCGCCGGACACACAGACGUACAGACGGGCCAUGUCCCUCCGGCUGAGGGAGCAGCAGGCUGCGUCUGAGACAGUCACAGUGGCCUUCACCCAGAGGGGCAGACAGGACGAUGCCCCUCUCUUAGCGGAAAGAAGACGGGUGGGAGGAGAUGUGGACAGGCUUGUCCACUAUGGGAGAAAACCAGACCCUCCCCCUCAGAGCAGCAAGCCCACCCUGGCCAAGUUGAGACAGAGACACCUGCAGGAGACAUCUGGUGUGGAGGACGUGAAUGCGAACGGAGACAGGGACGCGCAGAGGAAGCAAACGAAAGAGAGACUCGAAGCGGCGGAGAGCGGCAAGGAAACAGAGGUGCGGCCGCCUCCCCUCCCGGAAAAGCCAGUCAAUGUCCCCGCGCCCGAGAUGUCCAAUGAGAAAAGGGUCCCGCCCCCUUCUGGCAAGACUGGCUUGAGAUCUGAAGUGCCAGUCCCUCAAGGUGAAGAGGCAGUUAGACCCCCAGUGCCAGUGAAGCCCCAGCGAAGCAAGAAGCCUCUCUCUUCUGACAAAGGCCUGGACCGGGACACCCCCGGUAACACGGAGAGGCCCUCGAACCGCAAACCGCCUGUGAAAAAGCCCAGACUCCCCCAGAACAGAACCAAAUCCCAGGAGCUCCUUGGUAUUGCACAUGCACCCGCGCGCGCGUGUGUGUGUGUGUGUGUGUGUGUGUGCGCGCGUGUGUGUGCGUGCCUGUGCGUAUGUGUGUGUAUCUGUGUUCAUGCAGCAGCUCAACCAUUGUGACCGAGCAGAACGCAGCAACCGCAGCCCUUACGCUCCCUUUGCCUUCCCCCCUUCCCCAGACGGCGAACAUGCGGCGUCGAGCGGCAGCACGCCUCCGUGACCACCAGCAGGACUCACCUGGCAGGGGAUCGGGGUUGCCGGGACAACUCUGGAACAUUCAAUCCAACGGAAAAAAGGGAUAAGGAGCAGAAAUGGAUGGUGGGGUGUGGGGUGUUGGGUGUUGGG